AUGGCUGUCAAUGACCAUAAUGGCCAAGUCUUGACAUCAAAAUCGAAGAAUCCUCCAAAACACUACAGACUGAGCAUCAAAUCGUUUUCAAGUCUAACAUCAGAGGAGAAGUAUGAAUCCGGCGAGUUUGAGGCCGGAGGAUACAAGUGGAAGCUAGUGCUCUUCCCCAAUGGAAACAAGGACCGUGGUGUGAAAGAUAACAUCUCUCUCUACUUGAAAAUGGGUGGGAAAGAUGCAAUAAAAGCCGGCAAGAUUGUAACUAUUGACUACAAGUUGUUCUUGCUUUAUCGGCACAACGGAAAAGAGAAGUACCGUGUUCUUGAAGAGCCGAAUAAGAAGGAGAAGAAGUAUUGUUUUUAUAAGACAAUUGUCGGAUGUCUGGCUGGUUUUGAUCUCUUCAUCCCUCUUGAUCUGUUUAGAGAUACAUCAGAAGGUUAUCUCAUUGAUGACAGAUGUGAGUUUGGAGCAGAGGUCUUUGUUUCUGUAACGACAAGAAUAGGCAAAGGAGAGUGUUUAUUCAUGAACCUCGACACUGAUACGUACAAGUAUGUUUGGAAGCUUAAUAACUUUUCAACGUUAAACGCUCCAUCUUGUUACUCAACACCAUUCUGUUUUGCCAAUCACAAAUAUUGCACAAUGAAACUGCAGCUCUAUCCCAAGGGAAAUGGCACUGGAAAUGGUAGUCAUCUUUCUCUUUUUUUGUGGUUGAAUAAUCCAGAUGAGCUUCCUCCUGGAUCGAAAAUACUUGCGGGAUUUACUCUACGCAUUUUGGAUCAAAUCCCUGGCAACCACUGUUCUUAUAAAGCUGAUAAAGCCUGCUGGUUCGAUGCCGCCAACCCGAAUUUUGGUCGUCAACAAAUGAUCACACAAGAAGAAAAUGCAAGGUUUUCAAUGGAUGAUAGCUGUAUAAUUGAGGUCGAAGUUACUAUUCAAGGAGUUUCUGUGCUAGGAAUCUAG